AUGGCAUCAAGUCCAGACGGACGCGCAAAUCAAGGCGCCGCUUCCUAUGCAGAGGCUGCAGCCCCCCAUGGCUCUGCAGGCCACCACGACUCCGGAGAUCAGCCGGGGCCUUCCUCGAGUGGGGUCGGCAAGAAGAAGAAGCAUCGUGGCGGCGGCAAGAAGAAGCGAAACCGCAGGCAGUCAUUUGCCCCAACCGCCGACAUUGUCACCGGAGACAUGAACACGGAGCGCCCGUCGCUGGCCAACGUCGCCGCCAACUCAAGGGGCAGCAACAGCUUCUACAGGAGCCACGGCAAUCUGAGCAGCACCAGCCUCGAGAGCGAGGCUUUGCUUGACCACCGCGAACAGCCCCAGCUCAGGACCCGCCGACCGAGCGUGCCCAUCACGCAGCAGAUCUACCAGCCACGACCCAGCCAGCCCUUCAAUAGCGCUGCGCACCGUCUCAAUGCCGUGGCUUCGUCAAACUAUGGCCGGUCGAGAUUGUCGCAUACUCCCGAGGCCACAUACAGCGACGACGAAGACGCAAACGACCGCACACCAUUGAUGGGUACGUCCCAAAGAGACAUCAGAACGGGCACAAGUUAUGGCGGCGCAAGCAGCAGCUCCAACCGGCACCGAAAAUCUUCCGCCUCCAGUGGCAUGAACAACCGGCCUGACCUGUUCACCCAGCGCCACCACUCGCAGACCAAUCUAGAUGACUACGAUGUCAACAACCCGCCGUCUGUGCCCACUAGCCCUGUCGUCAAGGCUUCCAACGGACUGCACGAUGUCAUGCUCACAGAGGAUUUGGCCGACACUCCAGAGCGUAGCAGGUCUCGCGAUGCUUUGAUUGAUGUGGAACAUGAUGAUGACGAUGAGCCUCGCGAUCUUCGACGUCGCAUGACCACCAGUGCCAUUGAAGACGUGUGCUUCCCACACGAGACCAUGUCCGAGCUAGGCCAUGAGGACUAUCUGAAUCCGCCUACAAAGGGCGAGCCCACGAGUCGACGAAGACGCCGUAGAUGGCCCGACCUCGACAUCCUGGACUCUUAUGCGCGCGAAGAGAAAGAGCAGAGAACUAUGGAGGGCAUGCGCAUGCGCAAGGUCAGCGAGCCGCUCAUGGUCGAAGGGCGUCUGCGACCAAGGCGGCGUGUAUGGCAUCGCGAAGCAAGUGAUGCCCCAUUUCGGUUCACCUACUUCAACGAGACAUUCGACAACACAAUACAUAGUCAAACCAUCGGCGAGCUCGUUCAACCGGGACAGACAUUCAGGAACUUAUUUGUUCCGGAUCCGGUUAUUUUGGAGGACAGCAGCGAUGAUGACUCCGACGACGAUGAUAUGCGACGUGUGAGCAUGAAUGGGUUUCCUUCUCGGGCGACUACACUCUCUCCGUCCAAGGCCGACUCGGGCGAGCAGACGCGGGCGACUACACCGCGUCAGUCAAAUACACCAAAGCCCGAAGAAGACAAGCCAAAGCGAUACGGGCCUCGCCCUGCCUGGUGGCUCGAUGUCAUGUCGCCCACCGAGACUGAGAUGAAGGUCAUUGCCAAGACGUUCGGCAUCCAUCCGUUGACGACUGAAGAUAUCCUUAUGCAGGAGCAGCGUGAAAAGGUGGAGCUCUUCAAGCAUUACUACUUCAUCAAUUAUAGGACCUUCGAGCAGGACGAGAACAGCGAAGACUACCUCGAGCCGGUUAAUCUCUACGUGGUAAAUUUCCGCGAAGGUGUCAUCAGCUUUCACUUCUCCAUGACGCCCCAUCCUGCGAACGUACGGCGCCGUAUCCGACAACUAUCAGAUUAUCUUGUACUAUCACCCGACUGGAUCUCGUACGCCAUCAUUGACGACAUCACUGACGCCUAUGCACCCAUGAUUCAACGUAUCGAAGAGGAGGUCGACGACAUUGACGAAGCCAUCUUGCGUCUUCAUUCCGAUGAAGAGGAGCAAGAGGCUGAAAAAGCCAAGGCAAAUUCGUACAAUACCCCCCAUGCAGAGAAGCGGCCGGAUGGCACCAGAGAGGGUCAAGAAAGCGGACGUGACAUGCUGCGCCGUGUUGGCGAAUGCAGAAAGAAGGUCAUGAGCCUGUACCGCCUGUUGGGAAACAAGGCCGAUGUCAUCAAGGGCUUUGCGAAGAGAUGCAAUGAGCAGUGGGAUAUCGCGCCACGCAACGAGAUUGGCAUGUACUUGGGUGAUAUUCAGGAUCAUAUUGUGACCAUGACGGGUAACCUGAGUCAUUACGAGAACCUGCUUUCGCGCGCUCAUAGCAAUUACCUUGCUCAGAUCAACAUCCGCAUGAACGAGCGCCAGGAAAAGACUUCGGAUAUCUUGGGCAAACUGACUGUCCUUGGUACGAUUGUCCUGCCCAUGAACGUCGUCACCGGUCAAGACGUCGAAAACCUCAACUGGUUCUUCUGCAUCACCGGGGGCUUAGUGGCGUUUGGUGUGCUUUGCUUUGUCAUCGCUAAGAGGGUGUACGGCAUUGUGUAG